AUGUCUUCCCUCCGUCCUAUCGUCAUGUCUGGACCCUCCGGUGUAGGAAAGUCGACGAUUCUGAAAAAGCUUUUCGCCGAAUUCCCUGGCAAGUUUGGCUUUUCCGUCAGUCACACCUCCAGAGGACCUAGAGAAGGAGAAGUAAACGGCGUCGAUUAUCAUUUUUCAACAAAAGAGGAUAUGACCGCCGCUGUCGAGCGUGGCGAGUUUAUUGAAUCUGCGACUUUUGGUGGAAACAUGUACGGAACGUCGAAAAAAGCUGUCCACGAUGUGGCGGCGAAGAAUAUGAUCUGCAUCCUCGACGUCGACGAGCAAGGAGUGAAAGCGCUCAAGAACACCGACUUGGAGCCAAUUUACAUCUUUGUCAAACCACCGAGCAUCGAGGAGCUUGAAAAACGCCUCCGAGGCCGAGGAACUGAAACAGAAGAGAAGAUCCAAGCUAGAAUGAACACGGCAAAGAGCGCGAUCGAUUAUGCCGACUCUGGAGCUUACGAUCACGUGAUAGUGAAUGACGAUUUGCCACGAGCAUACGAUGAGAUCGUGGCGAUCUUGAAGAAGAUGUACCCGAUACUGACCGAAGUUGCUCCAGCUGUGGCACAGAUUACUCCCGCUGGUGAUGCUCCAGCUCCAGUUGCUGAGAAAACCGAGAAGACCGUCAUAACCGUUGAAUCGUCGGUCCCAGGUCAAGGCACAAUCGCUCAGCCCGAGACGACUUCGAGCUCAUGGUGCGUCAUGCUCUAA